CCCCGCGGGCCGCGCCCAUCCGGGCCGAGCAGGCCGCGGCCAUGGCCGAGACGGAGGAGCGCAGCCUGGACAACUUCUUCGCCAAGAGGGACAAGAAGAAGAAGAAGGAGCGCGGCGGCCGCGCGGCGGGCGCGGCGGGCGGCGCCGGCGGGGGCGGCGGCGCGGCGGGCGGCGGGGCGGGCGCGGGGGCCCGGCCUGUAGACGGCGGCGCGGCGGGCGCGGGGGCCGCGGGCGCCGGCGCCGCCGCCAAGGCCGUGACGAAGGACGAAGACGAGUGGAAAGAGUUCGAGCAGAAGGAGGUGGACUACAGCGGCCUCCGAGUUCAGGCGAUGCAGAUCAGUGAAAAGGAAGAAGAUGAUAAUGAAAAGAGAGAAGAUCCAGGUGAUAACUGGGAAGAAGGUGGAGGUGGCGGUGGUGGUAUAGAAAAAUCUUCAGGUCCCUGGAAUAAAACCGCUCCAGCACAAGCACCCCCCGCUCCAGUAAUCGUUACAGAAACUCCAGAACCAGCGAUGACAAGUGGUGUGUAUAGGCCGCCCGGAGCCAGGCUAACCACAACCAGGAAGACGCCACAAGGGCCACCGGAGAUAUACAGUGACACACAGUUCCCGUCCCUGCAGUCCACUGCCAAGCACGUAGAAAGCCGGAAGGAUAAAGAAAUGGAGAAGAGCUUUGAAGUAGUGAGACACAAACAUAGAGGUAGAGAUGAGGCUCCAAAGCACCAGGCCCUUAAGCUUGAGCUAGGCAACCAGUAUGCUGUGCUGGAAGCUCAGAGAAGCAGCCACACACAGUGCAAUUAAGGGGUGGUCGUGGCUGACCCUCCUGAGGUGACCAGACCACAGCUGACCGCCAUGAGCAGCCCUCCGUCACCUGAUCUGGAUCUGCAGCGCCCGGUACAGAGAGGGACCCGGCCCUGGUGCCCUCUGGAAGUUCAAGUGCCACCGCUGCUCUGUGUGCUGGAUUGAGGGGGAUUUCACUGUUGCAUAAACGUGUGAGCUAGUUCAGGAGUGCUCUUCCGUGAUUAAACCGCAGCUAGUGGUCAUUUCACAAUCUUUUUAUGUUCAGAUACUGAGCCUUCGUCAGGGUUGACUACCUCAGAUUUGCUGCCCUCAUUGUGGACUUCAUGUGGAUCACAACUUCUGGAUGAGAAGGUUACAGCUAUUGGGUGUUGAUGUGAACAUGAAACCAGCCCUGCUGGAUUCCUAUCAGAAAUCCUGCAGAGAGUCAGCCGUCUGGGUUCUGAUCUGCUGUAAAAGAUGAAGAUUUAAGUGACCUUAGUUACCCUGGCCUGUGCCCCACCCCUAGGAAAGACUCUGUAGUAGGCUGUGGCCACAUGACACUUCCUGGAACAUGCCUCUCUCAAAGACCUGCUGUGUUCAGAUCAUCUGUGUAGGUAGUGCUUCAUCAUGGAAACUUGGGGUUGUAUUCUAAGGUAACCACAACUACCAACCAAACUUGGGUCCACAAAAUGGGAAAGAGGGUGAGGGUGGGAAUAAUUUUGUUUCUUUUAGUAACUUUUUUAUUUGCAUAGUGCUUUUCUUGUGUUCCACAUGAAGGCCUUUUUUGCUUUGACCUGGAGUAAGUUCUUCGACAGAGCUUGUUGCUUGGUUAAGUAAAUAACCUGCAGUGCGCGUUAGAACUGUGAAAUGUGUCAUGAUUUGGCAGUCCCUAGAGUGGGACCCAGGGGCCUGUGUGGCGGGCAGUGAUGCUGGAGGCCGUCUUCAGGUGCUGCUGAAGCCUCCUCCAGUCAGGUCUGAGUUGCCCUGCCCUGCACACUGCGGGGAGGGAGUGUGGCUGCUCAGGAGGAGCCGCUGAGCUGUCCUUAGGCAUUGAGAGCAACAGGAGCAAAGCCUCACCUACCACCCGUGUUAAGUUUCACGAAUUGUCCCUGAUCUCUGGUAAGAAAUCCUCACGUACCUCUGCCCAGAUUUUUAAGGCAUUGGACACCCUACAGAUACAGUGAUUGUCCUAGCAGGUUCCAUUAUCCAUGUUCAUUUUGAGAGGGUGAUGUAGCACUUCUGUUUUUAAUAAUUAUAGCUUAAGACAUCCAGUCGUUUUUAGUCCUUGACAGGGACUGGAGGAAGCUACCCAGGAUUACUGAAGUUCUCUCCACCACAUGAGAUAGUCUGGCCACUUCCUGGUUUUGUAUCUCUGGCUCAAUAGAAAUAUUUCAAAGUGGUGUGUGACCAUUUGAUGCAGUCUGGGUUUCUCUAUAACAAAUCCUUUCGCUGAGUGCAGGAGUUUCAGACUUGCUGCUGACAAGAGUGAAGCAAAUGGGUGAAGGACACUGCUGGUGUGGGAGCGCCUCCUCACCGGAGUGCAGUCUUGAAGCGUCAGUGCAGGAGUGGACUCCUAGGGAGGCUCCAGGAGCUCUGACAGGACCGGCCAGCCACUCUGGGCAAUAGAGUCGCUGUGUUCUGAGGUUGCGGCACACCUGCCUCCCUGCGUGUGUGGGUGAAUAGCUGAGCCAGCCACAGUGGGCUUGGAUAAGGAAACAGGAAACAAGGAAUUCUUGGCUAAACUGAGGACAUCAUUUGGGAACCAAAAAGCUUAACAAAUAAUCUCUUGGACUUGAGCCACGUAUUUUCCCUGAGAUGGAUGCAUUUUUUUCCAGCAAAAUUUUGUUGGGGGAUUCUGUGAUUGAGAAUGAACUGACGCAUAUGUGGAGGUUUUAUUUACUGUCUUAGAAAUGUAAAGACCUGCAGCAGAUUUAAAUUCCAACUCAUUAUAAAUUUAUCAAAGUGCUCAUGAAUCAGGUUUUCAUUACUGUAUGGUUGGGUGGAUGAGGCUGUCCAUGGUACCAUUUCUUUGGAUUCUCAGGCAUGGUUUCACAGUGCAAGAACUCUGUAACAUUAACAAAUUCAAUAAAAGUACAUACAUGAA